GCGGUUGGCAUCAUGGAAGCCGCGGGGCUGGCCGUGAUUCUGGGGUUCCUACUCCUGGCUGGGGGCUCUGUGGGUGAUGAGGCUCGGGAGGCAAAGGCCGUGCGGGAACUGGUGGUCCGGCUACUGGGACCCGGGCCGGCGGCCAAUUUCUUGGUGUCCGUGGAGCGCGCGCUGGCGGACGAGUCGGGCCUGGACACCUACAGCCUGAGCGGCGGCGGCGGGGUGCCAGUGCUUGUGCGCGGCUCCACGGGCGUGGCGGCAGCCGCGGGGCUGCACCGCUACCUGCGUGACUUCUGUGGCUGUCAGGUGGCCUGGUCCAGCGCUCAGCUGCACCUGCCGUGGCCGCUGCCCGCUGUGCCCGACGGGCUGACCGAAACCACGCCCAACAGGUACCGCUAUUACCAGAAUGUGUGCACGCACAGCUACUCCUUCGUGUGGUGGGACUGGGCCCGUUGGGAGCAAGAGAUUGACUGGAUGGCACUGAAUGGCAUCAACCUGGCUCUGGCUUGGAAUGGCCAGGAGGCCAUCUGGCAAAGGGUAUACCUGGCCUUGGGCCUGACCCAGUCAGAGAUCGAUACGUACUUCACCGGUCCUGCCUUCCUGGCCUGGGGACGCAUGGGUAACUUGCACACCUGGGAUGGCCCCCUGCCCCGUUCCUGGCACCUCAGUCAAGUCUACCUGCAGCAUCGAAUCCUGGACCGGAUGCGCUCCUUUGGCAUGAUCCCAGUGCUGCCUGCCUUCGCAGGGCAUGUCCCCAAGGCCAUCACCAGGGUGUUUCCACAGGUCAAUGUCAUCAAGUUGGGGAGCUGGGGACAUUUCAACUGCUCCUACAGCUGCUCCUUCCUUCUGGCUCCAGGAGACCCCAUGUUUCCCCUCAUCGGGAACCUCUUCCUACGGGAGCUGACCAAGGAGUUUGGCACAGAUCAUAUCUAUGGGGCUGACACCUUCAAUGAGAUGCAGCCUCCCUUCUCUGACCCCUCCUACCUCGCCGCUACCACUGCAGCCGUCUAUGAAGCCAUGGUCACUGUGGACCCUGAUGCUGUUUGGCUGCUCCAAGGCUGGCUCUUCCAGCACCAGCCCCAGUUCUGGGGCCCCUCUCAAAUCAGGGCUGUGCUGGAGGCCGUGCCCCGUGGUCGUCUCCUGGUUCUGGACCUGUUUGCUGAAAGCCAUCCUGUUUACAUGCACACAGCCUCCUUCCAUGGCCAGCCCUUCAUCUGGUGUAUGCUCCACAACUUUGGGGGCAACCAUGGCCUGUUUGGAGCCCUCGAGGAUGUGAACCGAGGCCCCCAGGCAGCUCGCCUCUUCCCUAACUCCACCAUGGUCGGCACUGGCAUAGCCCCCGAGGGCAUUGGCCAGAAUGAAGUGGUCUAUGCUCUCAUGGCUGAGCUGGGCUGGCGCAAGGACCCUGUACCAGAUUUGAUGGCCUGGGUGAGCAGCUUUGCCAUCCGCCGAUACGGGGUCUCCCAGCCUGAUGCCGUGGCAGCUUGGAAGCUCCUACUCAGAAGUGUCUACAACUGCUCUGGGGAGGCGUGCAGUGGGCACAAUCGAAGCCCGUUGGUCAAGCGGCCGUCCCUACAGAUGAGUACCGCUGUCUGGUACAACAGAUCAGAUGUGUUUGAGGCUUGGCGACUGCUGUUAACAGCUGCCCCAAACCUGACCACCAGCCCAGCCUUCCGCUAUGACCUGCUGGAUGUCACCCGCCAAGCCGUGCAGGAGUUGGUCAGCCUGUGCUAUGAGGAGGCAAGGACCGCCUACCUGAAGCAAGAGCUUGAUCUCCUGCUCAGGGCUGGAGGCCUCCUGGUCUAUAAACUCCUGCCUACACUAGAUGAGCUGCUGGCUAGCAGCAGCCACUUCUUGCUGGGUACCUGGUUGGAUCAGGCCCGGAAAGCGGCCGUAAGUGAGGCCGAGGCCCAGUUCUAUGAACAAAACAGCCGCUACCAGAUUACCCUGUGGGGGCCCGAGGGCAACAUUUUGGAUUAUGCCAAUAAGCAACUGGCAGGACUGGUGGCUGAUUACUACCAGCCUCGCUGGUGCCUCUUCUUGGGGACUCUGGCUCACAGCCUAGCCAGAGGUGUCCCCUUCCAACAGCACGAGUUUGAGAAGAACGUUUUCCCACUCGAGCAGGCUUUCGUUUACAACAAGAAGAGGUACCCCAGUCAGCCCCGAGGGGACACCGUGGACCUCUCCAAGAAGAUCUUCCUCAAAUAUCACCCCCAGCCUGACUCUUUGUGACAGAUUAGCCAUCGCAGGGACCUGCUGGAAUAGGUCCUCAAAUCCAAACAAGCCCAGAAUGCGCCCCACCCCACCCCCGGGCCUGGGAGGAGACAGGGUAUGACAGUGAGUGACAAUGAUGGCUUGGAGGGAAACAAGGUGCUUUCUUCCACUCCAGACUUGGGGCUUAAAGUACCAUUUUCUGUUAUCAAUAAAGUGCUGAAUCCA